CACACACACACACACACACACACACACACACCAUAAGCACAACCCUGUGGUUUCAAGAGACAGAGUUUGCAAGAGGAAGAGAGUGAAUGUGUAAGAGAGGCAGAGCACCAAAGAGCCAAAAUCCAACGCAAAGUGGUUGAAAAGAAAGGAAAUAAACUGCUUCAAUUGAGGAACUGGAGAACUAUACCUCCAUUUGAAAGUGUGUGAGUAGUGUGCAUUGACAUCAUCUGGAGAUCUGUUGGAUUGGUACGCAAACUGAAGUGGGUCCAUGGUUGCAGAUAGCAUGCAGCAGAAGCAGUGGGUGUGUGUGGCUGUUCUGGCUCUCUUGCUUGUUACAGAUGUGCUAGCAGAAGUUGGGAAGGCAGAGAAACAAGGUAGGAAAGAACGUAAGUCAGGAUGUGGAGACUGGCAAUGGAGUGUGUGUGUGGCAAAUGAGGGUGAUUGCGGCCUGGGCACUAGAGAGGGAACCCGUACUGGCACCGACUGCAAGCAGAAAAUCAAAACUCAGCGUUGCAAGAUUCCCUGCAACUGGAAGAAGCAGUUUGGAGGUGAAUGCAAGUAUGAUUUCCAGUUAUGGGGUGAGUGUGAUUUAAUCACAGGGCUGAAGACCCGGAUUGGUACGCUGAAACGAGCUCUCCCGGAUGCUGACUGCCAUUCCACUGUCUCUGCCACCAAACCCUGCGGCAAGAGCAAGAUCAAGACCACGCUACAGGAUGCACCGAAGCCGAAGCGUGGCGGGAAGAAGAAAGAGCAAGCCCCGUUGGACUAGAGGUGAAAGAAGAAAUAACAGUCACCCUUCCCCUGUAUCUCUCUGCUCUGAGAUGGAAGAGACAGGGGUGGCAGUAGCAACACAUGGAUCGAAGGACAUGAGAAAAUGGAAAAGAGAAAAUUUCCCUCCCUUUUUCCCUAGAACUGUAGCUGAUUUGUAGAGGUUUGAAAAUAAAUACAUAAUAGUGAAUAAAACAUACUAAAUCAUGUACUCAGCUUAUUCUACUGGCAGGUUGUUUUUGCUUUUUUUCUAGAAAUAAAUGCUUGAAAUGAGCUAAAUAACCUGCCAAUAGAACAGAAGACAAUUUCAAGCUUGAAAUGAGGAAAAAUGAGCUAGAAAUGAGCUUAAUAAGCUUAUUUUUGUUUAAUAAAGAGGAAUAUUAUUUGAAUUGGCCUAUAUUCACGAUAUUUUUUCUUGCGAAGAUACAAUUUUGCAGUGUUUAUACUUUCACAUGUUUACCUGCAACACAUCCCACUGAAUCUGCUCUGCAAAAAAAAAAAAAAAAAAAAGACAUCUUAGCAAUAACGAUACACCAAAUAUAAGAUUAUUAAUCCUAUUUCUAGACAUUUUUUUAAAACUCAUUUCAAGCUUUAAAUUGUCGUAUUCUAUUGGCUAGAUAAUUUAGUACUUUCUAUUUAUAAAUUAUCUUCCAAUAGACCAUUUCAAGCAUGAAAUUAAUGAAAAAGGUCUAGAAAUAGGUUUAAUAAUCUUAUAUUUGGUUUAUUGUAACCUUAUAAUAGGAAUUCUAGUUAAAUCUGACUAUAUUCAAGAUAUUUUCACCUGCUAUGUUGUAAUUUUUUGCCAUGUGUUCAAAGUAUUAUCUAUAAAUAGUAUCUAUCUAUCUAUCUAUCUAUCUAUCUAUCUAUCUAUCUAUCUAUCUAUCAUGAUAUUACUGUUCCUUCAUACUCAGCUCCACAUGAAAUAAAGUCAUCUACAAUCCACCUU